UAAAUAGGAGGUUACAGAUACCUGAAAUUCUCCUCAUGAGUACAUCACUGAAUUAAUUAACUUUUUCCUGUGUUUUCUAUAAGUUGAGAACUGGAACACAUAGAGUGCUGCAGUACUCGUAUAGUUCAGAGUAUGGAGAAUAAUCAAGGACAUGGUUCUUUGGGUAGGUUCAAGCCAUACUUUGCUGCAAUUUUCUUGCAAGUUGGGCUAUCCGGAAUGGACGUGUUGUCUAAGGCUGCGCUCAACCAGGGGAUGAGCAAUUAUGCUCUCGUCGUCUACCGUCACGCCAUUGCCACCGUCGUCAUGGUUCCUUUCGCCGCCGUUCUCGACAAGAAAGUGAGGCCGAGGAUGACACUUCCAAUCUUCAUCAAGAUAAUGGUGCUCGGCUUACUGGAGCCAGUCAUUGACCAGAACUUGUAUUACGUGGGGAUGAAGUACACGACUGCAACGUUUGCAUCUGCCAUGUACAAUAUUCUUCCUGCCAUUACCUUCGUAAUGGCAUGGGUUUUAAGGCUUGAGAAGGUAAACUUAAGAUCCAUCCGCGGCCAUGGCAAGGUAGUCGGAACCCUAGCGACAGUUGCAGGAGCCAUGGUCAUGACACUGAUGAAAGGACCAGUGCUUGAGUUAUUUUGGACGAAAGGAAGUACCAAUCAUCAAGCAGCAGCCCAAAAUGGGACGGAUAUCCAUCAUACGAUUAAGGGAGGUCUGAUGAUCACAGUUGGCUGCUUCAGCUAUGCUUGUUUCGUGAUUCUGCAAGCAGUCACUCUGGAAACAUAUCCUGCCGAGCUUUCUCUGACAGUUUGGAUAUGCCUGAUGGGAACGCUGGAGGGUACCAUAGCUGCUUUGAUUAUGGAGAGAGGAAAUGCUGCCAUCUGGGCUAUUAAAUGGGACACCAAGUUACUGACAGCUGCUUACAGUGGUAUUGUAUGUUCGGGACUUGCUUAUUACAUUCAAGGGGUGAUAAUGAAAGACAGAGGUCCAGUGUUUGUUACAGCUUUUAGCCCCCUAUGCAUGGUUAUUGUAGCCAUCAUGUCUACCUUCAUUCUGGCAGAACAAAUGUAUCUGGGAAGGGUGAUUGGAGCUAUCAUCAUAAUUGUGGGUCUAUAUCUCGUGCUUUGGGGUAAAAGCAAUGAGUACAAGUCUCCACCCCCAUUGAUCCAGCAGCAAAUUGAACCAGCUAAAAUAGACAUGGCUAAGGAAGAAAAGGAAAGUUUUGAUCAUCAGGCCAUCAUAAUUGAUGAGCCGAGCAGAGAAACUUCAAUCAGGGAUGAAAAAUUACAUGAGAAAAGCGAUUUAGUUCCGGUCUAGAAUUACCUCUCCUAAAGCUGAAGCGAUUUGAUUUCAACCUAAUAUCCACUACUCUAAAGAGACAGGGGAAACCACUAGCAAUUAUGGAAUGGUAGUGGUUUCCGAUUCAAGAGUAGCCAUCCAUCCAACGAUACGACUUUCCACUAGAAAAAUAUUAUAGGCUAAGGUCAUGAAUCAUGAUGCAGGGUUUGAUCAAUCAUCAACCCAUUUCCCUCCCCCUCUCCCCAGCGGAUAAAUUAGAUUGAGUAUCUGCAAUCAUUCAAUUUAAUGGAGUUUUCUUUAUAAUU